AGCGCGCGGCGGCCGCGCCGUCACCACAGGAGAGGGCGGAGUGGAGGGGGGGAAGAGAGAAAAAGAAAGAGAGGGAGACAGAGAGGAAGAGGAGGCGACAACAACGACGACAGUCGACGACCGAGGGGGGGGUCCCAGCGGCUCCCCCACCAGCUCCAUUCACUCCUCAGCUGUGACGGUAUAGAGGCAACGGAGCUGACAGCCAGCCCGGAGCACCGGGGGCGGCCGAGACCACCAUGUCCUCCCCCAGCCCGGGCAAGAGGCGGAUGGACACCGACGUGGUCAAGCUGAUUGAGAGCAAACACGAGGUCACGAUCUUAGGAGGACUCAAUGAAUUUGUCGUGAAGUUUUAUGGACCACAAGGAACACCAUAUGAAGGUGGAGUAUGGAAAGUUAGAGUCGACCUUCCUGAUAAAUACCCCUUCAAAUCCCCAUCUAUAGGAUUCAUGAAUAAAAUUUUCCAUCCUAACAUCGAUGAAGCGUCAGGAACUGUAUGUCUAGAUGUAAUCAAUCAAACUUGGACGGCUCUCUAUGAUCUCACCAAUAUAUUUGAAUCGUUCCUGCCCCAGCUGCUGGCCUAUCCUAACCCUAUAGAUCCUCUAAAUGGUGACGCUGCAGCCAUGUACCUCCACCGACCAGAAGAGUACAAACAGAAAAUUAAAGAAUACAUUCAGAAAUAUGCAACAGAAGAAGCACUAAAAGAGCAGGAAGAAGGCACCGGGGACAGCUCGUCUGAGAGCUCCAUGUCCGACUUCUCGGAAGACGAGGCUCAGGAUAUGGAGUUGUAGUAAAAGAGGCAACCUGCUUUUCAGAGAGACUCUAAUUUCCUAACCAUGAGAAGCAGACUAUAAUAUUCAUAUUUAAACAAAGCAAUUUUUUUUAUUACUAAACAAGGUUUUUAUGAAUAAUAGCAUUGAUAUAUAUAUAUAUAUCACCCUUUAGAUCUUGAUUUUUUUUUUUUUUCUUGGUCAUUUCUCAACCCGAGGUGCAUAGCAUAUUCCCACAUUCCAUUUUGGUAGCAAUAUGCAGCCCAAAUGCAUGCAUUCAGAUUCCAUUUGGCCAAGUCAAACUUGUGUGCUACUGAACUGUCAGCUCAAACAGCUGCCCUGGUAGGUAGGGAGUUAGCAAAGAGGUUUGCUUUCCGAUCGAUGUUUCCAAAGAACACCACCUUGGAUGCUCACAUGGAACAGCGUUUUCCCUUCAGAUCAAUCUGAGGGGAUGUGCUAUGAACUGCACAGAUCAGACAGUGGGAUGAAAGGUGCUCCUUCAGGUCAACCUCGCCGAUGGUUUUGGAUGCGGAGUCACAUUUAAAACGUUUGACAGAACCAGCACCAAUGCAUGGAGCUCCUCAGAGCCUUGAAGCUGAAGAGUUUAGACUGGGAUUUUCAGUCCGUUUUUAAUAAUGUGGACUCCUGCCUGCCCUUCUGAACCGUAGGGACUGACAACCACUGCUCCAUCCAUCCACUUUUGGGACUUUUGGGAGCCUUCAUCUGGAUGUUAUUCUUUCGGUCUGGAUUACGAGCUGUUCCUUCGCCGGGAGGAAUGAAACACAAACAAUGCUCUUUGGUUUAGCUGGAGCACGUGCGUAGCCCAACUCUUACUUCGUCAUCCUUUUUGAAACUGCUGCUCUUCGUGGCUCCAAGUUUGGCUUUUUUCUCUUGCUUGAAGGAUGCUUGAACACCUCGCCAGCACCUCCAUCUCCUGGGAGGGCUCUGAGCAGAUGGAUGAGCCGUGCUGAGAGCUUCGGAUCCGCGGAGAUCGGCCCUAUUGGCUGCGGUCCACGAAUCCAUCGGCACCCAUUUUAUUUUCCUUUUUCUCCCCUUCUGCACCAGCUUGGUAGCCAUCUGCUUGUGUGUGUGCAACAGGAUUAAAAUUUCUUAAAGUUAACAAAGAAUGUGAUCUAGGGAAAAAAAAAAAAAUAAAAAAAAAAUGGGAUGAAUAAUAAUAAUAAAAAAAAAAAGCCUAAAAGCACCAAAUUGAGGAAGCAAGUGAAUCUGCUCUUCUUUUUUUUUUUUUUUCCUGAUAUAUAUAUAUAUACUUUUUUUUUUCUUUGACAAAUGAAAUAUUUGAUUUCUUCGGGUGUUUUUCAGCAAGCUGAGAUUUGCGUUUGUUCGUUUUGAUGCUAAGGAACGGAGCAAAUGUCUACCUGGGAUGCUGGUAUACUUGAAUUUGGAUAAUUGUGUGUUGGAGACCGGAGUGGAGAUGGAUAUUAAACCUGAACGUGACCUGCUGUAUUUUGGGGGGGGGGAUUUCUGAGGGGUUUGGGUGAGAUAUUUUGAUGUGUGGCGCAGCCUAUGGGACGGUGCAUGGGAACUGAUGCAGCCCAUGCUGCUCUGAGCAGAGUUCUGAACGUCGGGUCGGCGCCUUUGGCUUUUCCCAGCCGUGUUUUCCUUUAGGGAACGCCACCGAGUUCCGAGUCGGCGGGGUUGGAAGGGUUACAAUCCUAUUUCUAAUUCAUACAAAGCACAAUCGAUUCGUUUCGAAGAAGAAAAAGAACUCAUAAAGUAUCAUUUUGCUUUAGCAUGAUUUUCCUUAAUAAAAAUAUACAAAGAAUUUCAUUUAUGCUGAUUACGGGCAUGAAGCAAAGGGUUUGGUUUUUUUUUUCCUUUUUUUCUCCUUGCCCCCCACCCUCUUCUUUUCUUUUAAAUCAGUAACGUAGGGCUGUGGCUAGUGACUGUGCUGAAGUUCUCUAUCUAGCAUUUGUGGCUUGUUGGAAGGGUAAUAUUAACUAUUUAACAUGUAAUGGUGUACUUAACUCUUAUCUAGCACGCUGUUUUCUCAUUAUUUGGGGUGGGAGGGGCCACAUUUGCUGGCACUGUUUACCUUGCUUACCUGCUGACCUAGCAGUUUGCUUGUGCUAUAACCUUUACUGUAGGUGCUACUUAGGAGUAGAGUCAGUGCUGGGUGGUGAUAUCAGAUUUAAAAGAAGAAAACAAAAAAAAAAAAAAAAAAAAAAAAGAAAAAAAAAAAAGAAAAACACAAUAAAAAUUUGUAUUUUUUCAGUAUUGUAUAAAAACUAGUGUUCUAAUUACCUCACCCCCUUUCUUUUUGCAGGUUAGCCCCAUCGCUCCGUCCCUCCCACCUUUGUUUCGGUGCAUCCCGCUCGCACGCUCUCCCCUCAGUUUGCUUUGCAGAGCACUGGUUUCACAGAGGUUCCCCAAAAGAUCCGUGCUUGGUGCAGCCCUGACCCUGCCUGGGGCUCCUGGCACCGCUCUUCUUUCCUCCCCAUCUUCUCCUGUGUCGUUUUUCACCUCUUUUUCCAAGUCUUCCUCCUGAAAGAAACCUCCCUCCGCCCCACCCAAUAGCUUGUAAAUAAAACCACGUGUGUAGACUGGAAAAGGUGGAGCCUUAUUGCAGCAGGGUAGCUCUUUUUUCAUCUUGAGGGUGGUUGUUUUUUUCUUUUUUUCAUUAUCAGCAUUCAUAAAACAGCGUUGUCAUCGCCUCGUGCUCUCUUGCACUGAUGGGAGCAUCAGCCAGCCCUACCCCGACCCCCAUCUCCCUGCUCUCAGAUGAGCUCCCCCAUCCCAAACCUUGGUGCUGAAUUGGAAACAGGCUUUGCCUUCUGCUCCCAUCGAUUCCCCUUUUGGCUGUCGAGGAUUUUGCUUCUCUGUGGUGCCAGCAGGGUUAUUGGAAGCUCCUUGGUGUCCUUGACGCUGCGCCAUGGAAUGUGUUCUUCCCCAAGGGUUUUUUUCCUCCAUCCCGUUGAUCACUGGAAAUUCCUUGGUGUCAUCAUCACCAUCCCUUGGGGUCAGUAGGACAUGUUCCUGCAUGGCUUUCUUGUAGCUCUGGUCAUGAGGAGCUCUUUAAUGCUAUCGAUGCUACGCUAUGGGAUCAAUGGAACAUGUACCCCAAUGGCUUUGUUCUCCAGUCUCAUAGCUUUGGUCAUUGGAGGUUCCUCAAUGUCAACAGAUGUGUUGCCCAAUGGCUUUGUUCCUCCAUCCCAUAGCUUUGGUCAUUGGAGGUUCAUCAAUGUCAACAGGAUGCGUUCCCCAAUGGCUUUGUUCUCCAAUCCCAUCGCUUUGGUCAUUGGAAGCUCUUUGGUGUCAUUGGCACUGCCAUGGGAUCAGUGGGAUGCGUUCCCCAGUGUCUUUUUUUCUUGCAUCCCGCUGGUCGUUGGAAGCUCCUUGGUGUCAUCAAUGCUGUGCCAUGGGAUCAGUGGGACGUGUUCCCCUAUGGCUUUGCUCCUCCAUCCCAUAGGUGUGGUUUUUGGAAACUCCUUGGUUUGUAUGGCACACGUUCCCCAAUGGCUUUCUUCGUCCAUCCUAUUGGUCAUUGGAAGCUCCUUGGUGGCAUCAACACCUUCCCUUGGAGUCAGUGGGACGUGUUUCCCCAAUGGCUUUGCUCCUCCAUCCUAUAGUUUAGAUCCUUGGAAACUCCUCAGUGUCAACAGGAAGUUCCCCAACGGCUUCGUUCCUCUAUCUCAUGGCUUUGCUUUGCAGGCAGCAUGGAGCAGAGCUUUGCCAUCACCUCAGUACCACUCAACCUCGACUGGGACGGGCAUACGCCCCACAUCCAAGGCUCUUCUUCCCAUCCUACGUAGAGUCAGAGGUGUUUCACCCCUUUUCUCCUUCCUUUUUGCUCACCCCAAGUUCUACUAGCACUUUCGCAGGGGUGUCCGCAGCGUGAGAAAUGGCCAUUAUUUUACUGACUGUAUUUGGUACCUAUCGUGUGAUACUUGAAGAGAUCGGGGCGUUUCGCCCUCCAACAGAGUCUAAACUCUCUUUGUUUCCUUUUUAUUCCCCGCCCCCUUUCUUUAUUUUUUUUUCUCUCUUGCGUUGUGAUGUAGUGGGCAAAUCUGCCCCCGCUGACGAAAUGCCUCUUCUCUAAGAGUAUAACCUCGCCAGUAGUUGUGUAUAAUGACAGAACUGUAAACUUUUUUUAAAAUAAAAAAUAUGUAUAUACCUCA